GCCAUAACAACAUCACCUUCAAGGUUAAAUAUGCCCCAGCUGAUGCAUAAAUUUAAUAAGUUUAAUAUUUCCAAAGUUUAAACUAAAAACAACAAUUGCCUGCAGGUUUUAUUCCUAAAUAUAAAUCCACGUAUUUCGAUUUAAAAGUCGGUAGGGAUAAAUUUGAAUUUGAAAAAGUAUUUGCAUUGUGUGAUUACCUAUGUUGUGAAGGGCUCUAAAAAACAGUUUUUAAGGUGUAAGAAAACAGGCUUCUUAACUAAGUAUUCAGUCCUUUAGAUUUGCAAUGCCACGUAGCAAACGUAGGUCAGCAACAGAAAUGAGUUCCACAGAUGAUGACAGAUAUGCAUCCAAACGUUCAAGAAACUCGAAUAGUUCACGACGAGUAUCCCGUAUCGACGAGGCGCAAUCGUUCAGCCAGAAGCGGUGCAUUGCGUGGUUCAGAGAGUACAGCACACCCGACGAUCCAGACACCCUUGGUCCGGAGGGCAUGGAGAAGUUCUGCGAGGACGUCGGCGUCGAGCCAGAGAACGUCGUGAUGUUGGUGUUGGCAUACAAAAUGGGCGCGCGCCAGAUGGGCUUCUUCACGCGCGACGAGUGGCUCAAAGGGCUCGCGGACAUGCAGUGCGACAGCAUACAGAAACUCCAGUACAGACUCGAUCACCUGCGGUGUCUGCUCAACGAUCAAAACGUUUUCAAGGCCAUCUACAGAUACGCAUACGAUUUUGCUAGGGAUAAAGAUCAAAGAAGUAUGGAUAUGGAAACAGCCAAAGCAAUGCUUCAACUUUUACUUGGCAAACACUGGCCUCUGUAUUCACAAUUUAGUCACUUUCUUGACCAGUCAAAGUACAAAGUUAUUAAUAAAGACCAAUGGUGUAAUAUCUUAGAAUUUUCCAGAACUAUUUAUAAUGACUUGUCCAAUUAUGAUGUAGAUGGAGCAUGGCCUGUAAUGUUGGACGAAUUUGUAGAAUGGUUAAAAGCAUCAAGAGCCAAGAGUGACAUAAGUUGAGGCAUAUUUCAGAACAAUUUUUUCAAUGUAAAUUUUUAAGUUGCUAAAUUUGAUUUUUUUAUAAAAAACUGGGGCUAAUUUUAAUGGAAGUAUCCAAUAAUUGUACUAAUAAAUAUGUACUGUGUAACUAUUAAAGUACAGUUGCUUUAAAAUGUACUUCCAAUAGAGUAACUCUCAAUCAACAAUUAAAAACCAUAAUAAUAAAAUUAUAAUCUUAGAGUUUCUUGUCUUGAUGUUAUAUGGAACUGAUGUAGUUAAUUUAUUAUAUUUAUAAGUUAUAAAUAAUUCGGUAAACCUUAUGAA